AAUACAAUUAUUUCUUUUAUUUAGAUCCCAAAGAUACUAGAAGUAUGUGUAAACAAAGCACAUACCGAUAAAUAAAUGACCAUUUAAAUUUUGUCACCAAUUACGAAUCAAUUAUUCGAUUUUUCGAUAUAAAUGUAUCGAUUAUUGACUAACUAUCGAAGACCUAUUUGAAGGCAGUCAAAAAUAACGGUUAAUAUAAUUGUUGUAAAUUAAAAAGGACAAAACUUUUGGAAUAAAUGAUUUUUUUAAUGUGCUAACAAGUGUAGUAGAAUAUUAAUUGUUAUUUUUAAAUGAUUAUUAUUAAAUUUUAUCACCUAUGUAGAAGAAACAAUCGAGAUGUCAGAACAUUGGACCAAUGAAGAGUUUAUUAAUAUUAUUCAAGAUGACUUCAAAAAAACCACCAAAAAUAUAUUUAGCAUUUGGCAACAGGUUGGAUUAGGAAGAAAAGUUAUAAACAAAUAUAAGAAAGAUAUUUACAAUAAUAUACAGGAAUUACUUGAGGACAUCGAAAGUGCUGCUAGAAACGAAAAACAUAAAAAUAAAAAAAAAAAUUGAACAAUUAGUUAAAAAAAUUAGAAAAUUAAGUGAUGCAUUAGGAUUAGAAAUAUUGAUGCCUAAAUAUCGAGAUAAAUCGUUGAUCGAUGCCAUAAAUAUAUUAGAAGAAAAAAUUCAAGAAUUAAAAGUAAUUAAGCAACAUCACAUGUUAGAAGUUCAAAUCUCUCUAAAUAAGGAAUAUCAAAUAUGUAAACGUCUUGGACUUCAACCAAUUGGUUUUAAAUCGGAAUUUCCUAAUUUGAAAGAUUCAAGAUUUUAACUCAAAAUUAUCAGUAUUAAAAACUGAUUUGUCAAGUCGUAAAAAUACUUUUAAACAUCUUCGACAAUUAAUUGUAGAAAUGAGAGAAGAAAUGGCCUUACUUUCAACAAAUGAUUUUGAAAGGUUAAUUUUGGAUGAUUCUGAAGAAUUCAUUUAUUCUAGUAAAAAUAUGGCAGAGUUAAAAAAAUUACACGACAAUUUACAAGAGCGAAGAACAAUAAUGAAGCAAGAAGCAGAAAGUAAGCGACAAGAAUUACUUGAACUUUGGAAAUAUCUAAACGUUCCAAAGGAUCAAUAUGAAAAGAUUUUAGUCAAGUAUUCCGGUUUUGAUGCGAUAACUAUUUAUGCUUUAAAUAAAGAAAUUCAGAAGAAUAUGAAAACAAAAGAAGACAAUCGCAUAUCUUCUUUUAUAAAAGAGAUGAAAGAAAAUUUAAAAUAUUGGUGGUCUAUGUGUAAAAUGUGUCCUCAGGAAAUAGAAAAAUUGUAUUUUUAUAAUUCAACCAUUGUAAAUGAAAACAUAUUAAAACUUCAUGAAAAUGAAGUUGAAAAACUUCAAGAAUUUUACAAAUCGAAUAAGAAAUUAUUUGAAUUACUUGAUAAAUGGAAUAAAAUGUGGAAACAAUAUAAAAAUUAUUGCCAUCAAAUUCAAAAUCCCGACAGAUAUGUCAAUCGUCGAGCUCAACUUCUUGAUGAAGAAAACACUCGAAAUUAUUUAUCGAAAAAUCUUCCAAAAGUUAAAGAACAACUUGAAGUAAUGGUGAAUGAAUAUAAAAUUAUACAAGGUAAACCUUUUACAAUUUAUGGUUUAGAAUUGUCCGAAUUUUUCGAAAAGCAAAUAAAAGAUCUUCAAACUGAAAUGAAGGAGUUGAAAGUUGCAGAGUUAAAAGUAAACGAAGAAAAGUCUGCUAAUAAAACACUUUUGAGUGUUUCUUUCGAAAAUUUUCCUUAUGUUAUCAAAAAAAAGGCUAAUACUUCUCCGAUCAAAAGAAAACCCCGAUUAUCAUCAUCAAAUAUUCGAAAACUUGCACAUACAGCUGAUAAAGAAAAUGUUUAUCCAAAAGUUCUUUGUUCAAAAAUUCGUAAAAGUGGACAUUCGAAAGCAAGACGUCAACUUCUGUCAUCAUUGAAGGCGUUAUCAAGAUCCCCAAGAAUGUAGUAAAUAAAAAAAUACAGAACUAAGGAGUUUUUAAAAACUAUCAAGCCAUCGAGAAAAUAUUUUUCUUCACAUAAAGUUUUGAGAAAAAGUAAUGUAACAUGUGAAAAUUGAAUUAAGAAGCCUUAAAUAUUUAUCUACUUCAAGGCCUAUUAUAUCAUCACGUUCAACUGAUAAAGAUAUACUUUAGUAUUAUAUUUAUUUAAUAACUUAAUUAAACAUAAUAUUUAUAUUUAAAAUUAAAAAGAAUAAUAUUAAUGUUUAAUUAGUUGCUAGA